AUGAGAUCUUCAGCAGCAGCAGCAGCAGCAUUUAAGGCAUGUUUAGGCUACCUUAUUGUGGCAAUUCUGCUAUCUGCUUCUUGUGUAUUAGCUGCUGAAAACAGUGAAAAAUCUUUCCUCCCUAGAAAGGUUUACUUUGUUCAUGGCAUCAAGAAUAGCUAUCCAGAUAAAACACAUUGGUCUGGCUUCUACUGGGAUCCUUUCCCUGGAUUUAAAUGGCCACCUUUCCCAGGAUUUAACUGGCCACCUUCUUCACCACCAAGUGGAUCAUCACCACCUUUCCCGUGGCCUUUCCCAGGAUUUAAAUGGCCGCCUAUUCCAUCCCCUUCUUUUCCACCUCCACUAGCAAAGCCAACAAGUGGAUCAUCACCACCUUUCUCAUGGCCUUUCCCAGGAUUUAAAUGGCCCCCCAUCCCAUGGCCUUUCUUUGGACUCCCAGAUUUUCACAGGUCACCUACUCAAUCCCCACAUGCAUCACCUCCGCUAGUACAACCACCAAGUGAAUCACCACCAGUUGGUGGUGCUUCAAUCUCGCCGUCACCAUCACCACCACCACCGUAUCAAGGGGAAACACCACCACCAAGUCCAUGGUCAGGGUGGGACGAACCUACAUUUACUCAAAGUACACCUGAUUGGUUAAUUUGGGAGGACUCAACCACAAGAAGCAUCUGA